UGGACCACCAGAUCAACGCGAGCGCCAAAACGGUCAUCCAAACUUUUGAAUCUCUCUCUCUCUCUCUCUCUCUCUCUCUCUCUCUCUCUCUCUCUCACUCUCUCGCCGAACCCUUCUGCGCAUCCUCGAAUCGAUCGGAACCGAAGAUUCCCUCCCCUCCCUCCCUCUCUCUCGCUCUCUGAAACCCUAGUUCCCUUUCUUGAGAUUCUUGCUUACCGUGUAAUUUCAAAACUUAGGGUUUCUGAUGAAACAUGGGCGGCUUAAUUAUUUGAUUCGCUGCACAGAAGAUGAGUGCCGGUAGAGAAGAGCCAAGUGGAGAAGGAAGUGGUGGAAGAAUCCACACCGUGCAGCCGCUUCGCGACCUAGAAUCAAACUGGGCCGUGGAUCUUGCUAAGAACCUCGAAGAAUAUUUGCUUAAGAUUUGUUCCGGCGAGAUCACCGGCGAAGACGGCAGCCGUCUCUCUGUGAAUUUUGCCGAAGCUGCUCUGCUGCUUCAAGGUUCUAUUCAGGUGUACAGUCGGAAGGUGGAAUAUCUUUACUCUCUCGUUUUACAUGCUUUGGAUUUCAUUUCACAGAAAAGGCAAGAGGACCAACCAGCUGGCACAUCUACCCAGCCUGAAGAAAGUGUUUCCCAUGUAGUUCAUGAUGAAGAAAAUGAUAUUUUUUGGGGUCUAGAUGAUGUCCCAGUGGAAGAAAAGAAUUGCCUGGAUAUCUCAACUGGCAAAGAUGCCUCUUCGAAUCAUUUUGUAAAGCCCCCAGCAAAUUUGGUUGUCCUUGAAGGAGAUUGCUUAGAUACUACUGGUGAAGGAGGGGAAUUAGAGUCAUACCUGCUAGCCACCAAUGAUCUUUAUCAGGAUUUUAUUCUUUUAGAUCCUUGUGAUGCGGUAUCAGUUCAAGAAUUUUUGAAAGGGGAUAAAGCUGGCAACGGGCAUAGUGGUGCCUACAGAAACAACUCUUUAAACUCGAAGUCUCGCAAAAGCUUUCUGUCUCCUACAAGACGCUCUGGUGGAACUGCCCAUAAAUCAUCUCUUGGAAGGAACCAGAAUGUUAGCCUCAAUCGAACUCCUUUGGUUGAUCGCAACUUUGAAGUUAAUGAUCAUAAUAUUAGGGCUGAUCCCGCUGGUUGUGAUUUUUUUGAAAACGACAAUUGUGGAUUUAAUAUGGACAGUGGAUAUUUUGAAUCUAGAGAUUCAGAAGAUUCAGAAGAUGAUGAAGACCCAUGGAAGCCUUUGAAUCCCCAUGAAUCUGGCAACUUGAAAGUAAAACCUUUCAAGAAAGUAAAAGCUUUCCAGAGGCAUGAACAUUCUGCUAAGCUGAAUCCUUUAAGUGCUGAGUUUCCUCUUGCAAAGUUGCAUGGUCCUAUAAGUUCAGAGUUCAUGGAAAUAUGGGAGAGACAAUGUCAUGCUCAUGAAAGACAACAGGAUCCUGGGUCUCUUCCACUCUAUGAAAAGCUACGGCAAUCUCUUGUUGAUGGAGGAUAUGAAACCCGUGAUACUUUUUGUAAUUUUGGGGUAGAUGAUGAGGAUGAUGAAAAUGAUGGUGGAAUCCCUGAUUUUGGGCACCCUAAUGUUGGUGAGCCAGAGAGUAUGCAAGUGGAUGAAGAAGCACCUCUUAAUAAUAAUAAGCAUGAUGAUGAUCCUAUUCAUUUUGAUUUUGACGAUGCUUAUGGACAUGAAGAUCCAAAUUCACAUAGAAGUCUAGAAGAUCUUUGUCGCGCUCACCUGGAUGCACUCCUUGCUAGCAUAGCUGAAACUGAGAAGGAGACUGCAUUGGCUGCUCGAGUAUCAACAUGGAAACACAAAAUUGAACACAAUUUGGAAGAGCAAGACUCGCAUCCUCCAUUUGACAUUCAUGAGUAUGGUGAAAAAAUUCUGGACAAACUAGCAUUGGAAGUAGACAACAGAAAUGCUGUGUCCUUCUCAGACAUUGUCAGUGGCAGAGAAAAGCAUGAUGUGGCUCGAACUUUUUCUGCACUUUUACAAUUGGUGAACAAUGGAAGUGUUGCGCUCGAUAAGAGUGGAGCUAAUGGCGAAUCCAUAUGUUUCACUGCUGUAAAUCCUUUCUAUGUUCAGCUUCUAAGCCAUGACAAGAAACGGGGGGAAAUUAGGCUCCCACCGUCAAAAAAGAGAGCUAAAUCUCCAAUAGGGAAAGGGUAUAUUAAAGGCGACAGCAAGUCAGGAAGAGGAAAAUUUCUGGCUGUUGGUUCAUCUUCAGGAUUUGUAACAGCAAUGUCGUCACAACCUAACUGCAAAUUCUCUCUGAAGCUUGGGAAGGCUGGCAGUGUCAUGAGGUGCACUCCUGAAGGCAAGAGGAGGAGGAGGUCUCGGCUUGUGGAACCAGUUGACUUGCAUUCUGCUGGGUGACACGACGAAAACUAGCAGGUUUUUAGCUUUACCAUUCCAUAGCCUAGAGAAUUCAACCCCUCUCCUGUUGAAUGGCUAGGAGCUAGCAGACAACAUUUUAGUAUAGAUUACUUCUAACAGUGAUUCGCAAUUUAACUUUUGUAAUACCUCCCCCGAGCAAAUAUUGCUUACUUUGUAAGUUAAAUAGCCUUGUACUAUAGAUGUAUUAUUCAGUGGAGAGUUUUCCUAGCUUUCAAUUUGUGCACUGUAACAACAGACGUGCGCUUUCAGCCAAUAACCCAAUAUCAUUAACUUGUAAUUGAUGGAAAUUUCAAGGUCAUUUAAAUGCUUUCUAGCAA